AUGUGGCUCCGUUUGGCCAUUGUUACGGCGGCAUGCACCGCGAGCACCGAUGCCGCUUGGACCCGAGGAUCCAUCGAGGUGUCUCCUGGAGGAGUUGUCUUCCUCGCCAAAUUCUGCUUUGACUUCGCACCAGAUGCGGGCCCCAAGGAUCCUGUUGGCAAGAUUGAGGCAACGCUGCACUCCUCGAGCCCAGCAGACGGCCUGAUCAAAUUUGUGCUGUUUGACGACGAAGCCAAGUCCUAUCCCGUCUCCUCCUCUUUGGGCGGCUUCGGCUGCGACUCCGACAGGCUAAAGAAAGCGGCACGUUGGACGCAGGUGAUAAAUGCCACAGACUUGACAUCGGGAAAGACGCCCUUUGCAGACAUUUAUGAGAAAAUUAGACCACGAUGGUGGUAUGCUGCAAUCGUUGACUGCUCCGGGCAUCCCAGAACGAUUGACUACAAUGUGCACAUGACGAACGUAAGGGCCGGCUUCCUUGCGGAGUUUUCGAUAGAUCGAGUUGGACCGAAAGGAAUGUGCCUCUUCAUGGCAGUGUAUUCGGUUCUGGCUGGAUGCCAGCUCAUGGCUCUUCUGAAAAGGAGCACCAGUGCCAAAACACAGCAUCCGAUACGGCUUCUGCUGGGGCUUUGCGUCGGUGCUGCCGCGGCAGGCACACUUUGUGUUCUGCUGAACAUUUCCUGGUAUGCUUACCAUGGAGAAGACCAGAACAACCUGUACAUGGCAGGAAAGCUUCUCAAAGCUGGCUCCAAGUACACUCUGCUAGCAAUUCUCUUGCUUCUCGCACGUGGCCGCUGCAUCUCGGUGCCACUUUACGGGAGAGAUGUCUUGAAGGAAGCACGCAUCCUGGUACCGCUGUAUAUUGCCAGCGUUUCGCUCGAGGUCUGGGGCGAGUUCGCUCAGUCCCGAACAUACACAACAGACUCGGUCUACCGGACAUACAUGGGCGACAUCAUCAUUUGCAUCGACAUUGUGCUGCUCGCCCUCUACCUUCGAAACUUAUUCCAGUCUUGGGGUGCAGAGCCAGACGCCCCGAAGCGAGUCUUCUACAGAACUUGGGGUCUCACCUACGCGGGCGCGUUUUUGCUCCUGCCGAUCUCCGUGCUCACAUCGCAAUGCGUCGCUCCCUGGGUGCGGUCUGAAGUGAUCUUCUUUGUGUCGAACACAACUCACUGUGCCUUCUUGGCCCUCCUGAUCAUUGGACUGUGGCCUGACUACACGCAGCCCGCGUUUUGCAUCGACCACCCUUCUGCCCUGGCUACUACUUUCGGGGUCAAGACAGAGUUGCUGGAAGGGAGCGAACUUGUCGAGGGGCCGAAAAUCUGUAGAGCGAAGCUUGGCUCGAACUUCUUGAGCACCUUGGUCUCACUUCCUAAAGAGGGUUGA